AUGGCAAUUUUCGAUAACGAGUUAGACGAUGCCUACGACGCGCCAAACGACAGUGGAUCAGACUUCGAGCCUGAGAAAUUGGUGUACUACAACAGCCGCGGAUUCGAUGGUCAUGGAGACACGAAAUCGCCUUUUCUGGUCGGCGACGAUGAACUUGGGCCCAGUGUCCCCUUUGUCGUGAACGAGAUGAACAACAGGAUCAACGACUAUUUGGCGACGAGCUCGUCAACAGGAACGGACUUGACCAUCGACCAGAUCGAAAAUUGUCUGAAAAUAAUGCAGCGCCACGAGACCAAGGAUGAGAUCAAGGCCAGCCUGAAGUUUCGUCGGCUGUCCAGAACAGGGUCUUAA